CAGCCUCACGGCUCUUUCACUCCGGGACACUGAAGCAGCUUCUCUACAAGCAGGUCGUCCGAGUGAGGACUUGACGGCUCGGUGUCCACCCGUUGCCUCCUCUGGAUCGUCUUGUAAACCUUUCAUGUUGUGAGGCGCCUUGGACCUGCAGCCACCAGUCAUGACAAGGCACUUAUGCUGUGUGCCAACUCUCCAGUCAGAGGAAGUUUCACUGAAGUGAACCCAGACAGAACCUCAUGUGCAGAAUGUGUUAAAAUGCUGGUUCACAGGUGUUCUCGCCUCAAGGACCCUGAAGCAGUCCAUGAUCAGUAGGCAGAGACUGCUACAGAGGACCUCACCUGAGCUUCCUGUGGAUUACUGAGCAUAAUGUCAUCUGGGACGGAGACACCUGUGACCACAUCACCACAUUGGGCUCAUUUCUAGUCAGUGGACUUGCUUCAUGAACCCCGGUGGUCCCUGGAGUCAACUUUGAGAGUCACUAGUUUACGUUGUCUCCUCAGAGCAUUUAGAGAAAAGCAAAGUUUACCAAAACCUUCCCUGUUUCUGUACCAAGAGAGAACUGUGUGGCCAUGCGUUGACGACUGAAUAGGAAAGUCCACAGAGUCACAGAGCCAUGCCUAUCAGCAAAAAAGACACAGCUCGAGCUUUGGGGUUUCUGGAGGAGUACUGCACUAAACUGAGGAAGCCUGAGGAGCAGCAGCUCAAAACUGCCAUUCACAGAGUGAUGGGGAUUUUCAAAACCAACCUGUUUGAAGCUCUUCUUGAUAUCCAGGAGUUCUAUGAAGUAACACUGUUAAACACACAGAAGAGCUGCGAGCAAAAGCUGGAGGAGGUCAACCACAUGGCCGACAAGUGGGAAAAGAGUGUGUCUAUACAAAACUCUGCCUGUCCAGUGGAGGAGCAGAGGGAGCAGAGCAGCUCAGAACCCAGUGGGGGAGAGCAACGAGAGAGCAGCUCCAAUACCUCUGAGAACAGGCCACCAGCAGUACAGGGGUCGUCCCACAACGGCCAGCCCCCACCCUGCAUGACCCCUGCCUUGAUGAACGCUCCCUGGCAGUACCACUACCAAGAAGAUGACUCUCCGCCUCUUGACCAGGGAUUCCCACGGCUCACAAACAAGGUGCGCGCCCCUGAGCUGGUGCACGUGUCCGAGAAGAACCUGUCCGAGAUAGAGAAUGUGCACGGCUACGUGUCCCAUUCCCACAUCUCACCUCUCAAGGUCCUGUGGUUUUCUGGUCAGGCGUCUGAAACGCAUGUUCUGUUAUGAUUAAUAAUACGAUUAU